AUGGAGGUCCCUCCUCCUGCUGGAAACACUGAUGAAGUGGCUUUUAUUGUUAUCACAGUCCUGGAAGCCAACUCAGAGUUUCAGAAGAAACAGAAAGUCCUCAUCAAGCAUGCAGACAAGAAGACUUUUAUCCAGACAGACAAACCUGUGUACAAACCUGGACAGGCUGUCAAGCUGCGAAUUGUAACCUUGGAUCAGAACUUUAUUGCCAGCAAUGAAACGGACCCCAAAGGGAACCGAAUCGCACAGUGGCUGAAUGUUACACCUGUGAGAGGCAUUGUGGAUCUGUCCUUCCCUCUGGCUGCAGAAGCAGCAAUUGGAGAGUACACCAUCAAACUGCCUGACCGCACACACACCUUCAGGGUAGAGGAGUAUGUGCUGCCCAAGUUCAGUGUCUCCAUCCAGAUGCCUCAGGUGGUCACCAUCUUGGAGAAUAGCUUCCAUCUUCACAUCUGUGGCAUGUACACAUAUGGGAAGCCAGUGCAAGGUAGUGUGAAGGCUGUGGUGUGCCGUAAACUUACCCGCUAUAAUCGGAAGUCUUCCAAAGCCAAGCGCAGUAUCUGUAAGGAUUACACUGGUGAGACAAACGAGGAUGGCUGUUUUGCCACUGAUGUGAAUAUUAAGGUCUACCACCAGAAGCGUGGUGAGAAUUCUGAUUUCAACCUGGAAGCUGUGGCUUUUCUGAAAGAAAGUGGAACAGGGGUGGAGUUCAACACCACUGAAAACUGCAAGGUCACUUUUGAUAUCACAACCCUCAAAUUCUGGGGGACAAGCUACUACUAUCAGCAAGGAGCUCCCUACUAUGGAAAUCUGGAACUCAAAAGUGUCAAUGGGACACACCUGAAGAAUAAGGAGGUGAUUCUUGCAGUGUCCCAUGGUAGCAUGAAGCAGACCAAGACCUACUUCACGGAUGACACUGGGAUGGCCUCUUUCGCCUUAGAGACAUCAGCAUGGGACAACAGCAGUAAAGUUCUUCUACAGGCAACAACCCAGCCGGACGACUUAAGGGGUCAAAAUGUGAGGGUGUCUUAUGGCACUGCAUCCCUCACACUGAGGGCCUUCUACUCUUCCAGCCGCAGCUCUGUGAGGAUUCAACCAGUGCGGGGAAUGCUGCCCUGUGGGGACACACAGCAGGUCACUGUGUACUAUCGCAUCCUGGCCACAGAGCUGGGGGAUGGGGCUGCCACAGCAGACUUCUACCACCUGGUUUUGGCCAGAGGAUCCCUUGUGCAUCAUGGCCAGACAACAGUACUUCUUGAUCCACCAUUAGGUCAGUACAGUGGGGCUUUCAAUGUCAGUCUGCCCAUUGACCUCAUUUCACCCAUGGCUACCCUCUUUGUUUACACUCCUUUUCCUGAGGGACAAGUGGCAGCUGACACCUUCAGUCUGCAAGUCUCCAAGUGCUUCAGGAACCAUGUGAAGAUUGGCUUCUCAGACACAGUGGCUCUCCCAGGAUCAGCUGUCCACCUCCAUUUGAAGGCUGCACCAGGCUCCCUGUGUAGCAUCCGUGCUGUAGAUCAGAGUGUCCUUCUUCUGAGGCCAGAGGCUGAGCUAUCCAAGGAUAGUGUGUACAAUAUGUUCAGCUCUUCUCAAGAGCAUCCCAGCACCCUCACAGACCCUUACAGUGACUACUGUACCAUCCACAAGAGCCCAGGAACCACCAGUUCCCCUCAGACCACCAUUUCACCAGGAACAGUGUCACCAUUCAUGGUCGACAGAUACUCAUAUGCAGUGUCCCAACCAGAUGUUUAUGAACUUUUGAAGAAUUCAGGUCUAACAUUUUUAACCAGCCUUAAAAUCAAGUCUCCGAUUGAGUGCCACACCCAGAUCUCUUUCUACUACGACUACAUGUUAGCAUACGGUGACCUGGCGGACUUGGACAACUCGAACCCAGAAACAGAUGCUGCUGUUGAACGUGCUGAGUCAGAGCACUUUGAGCUUGGUAGCGAGGCAGGACCACCUCUCCUUUUACAUCACAUGUCCCAGGCCCCUGACCAUCUUGAUAGUCCUCCACUGGAUGCAUUCAAUGCUUCGGGGGCUGCUGAGCUAGGUGUCACAGUACCUGACAGUAUCACCGACUGGAGAGCCAUGACCUUCUGCACCUCAGAGAGACAUGGGCUGGGAAUCUCAGAGACCGCCAGCCUAAGGAGCUUCAAGCCCUUCUUUGUGGAACCCAUCUUGCCCUACUCCGUCUUCCGGGGAGAGUCAUUUCCCCUGAAAGUCAAAGUCUUCAGCUACCUGAAGCAGUGCAUGGCGCUCCGGCUUAGCCUAACGGACUCCAGGGACUUUGAAUUUGUGCAUGCAAAUAUCAGGUUCUCUACUUGUCUGUGUCCUGACUCAGCAAAAACAUUUUUCUGGGAUGUGAAGGCUACAAAAUUAGGGAAGGUGAAUUUCACUGUCACUGCUGAGGUGGUGGAGCAGGAGGAUGUUUGCACUGAGAGGACAGCUGUUGUGCCAGAGUCUGGAGGGAAGGACACAGUCGUUAAAGACCUGCUGGUGAAGGCAGAGGGGCUGCUGGAGGAAAAGACCCACACCUCACUCCUGUGCCCUAAAGGAACUUCAGCUUCAGAGACAAUCACUUUCACUGUGCCAGAGAACAGGGUCCUUGGGUCGGAGAGAGCCCACGUCUCCUUCUUAGGUGACAUUUUGGGGACAGCACUGGACAACAUAGAUGAGCUCCUCCAGAUGUCCAGUGGCUGUGGUGAGCAGAACAUGGUUCAUUUUGCCCCCAAUGUCUUUGUCACACGAUACCUUGAAGAAACAGGACAACUGACUCCAGAAAUCAAGCAGAAGGCAAUUGGCUAUUUGGAAAGUGGAUAUCAGCGGCAGCUCUUGUACAAGCACGCAGAUGGCUCAUACAGUGCGUUUGGGGAAGGAAGUGAGCCAGGGAACACGUGGCUUACUGCCCUUGUCCUCAAGACCUUCAGCCAAGCCCAGGACUUCAUCCACAUAGAUGAGCAGAAUAUAAAGGAUGCUGCCAGUGCCUUGAUUAAAAGUCAGACUCCAUCUGGCUGCUUCGAGAGUGUGGGGAAGCUCUUCAACAAUGGUCUGAUGGACCCAGUUGUGUUGAAAGCUUUGACAUGUAUAAAGGACCUGGUCAAUGCUGAUACUGGCAGUUCCAACCUCUACAGCCUGGCACUAGCUGCAAAUGCCUUUGCAGUAGCAGGUGAUAAGGUCCUCAGGCAGAAAAUCCUCAAAAGAUUGGAUAAGGCAGCCAUAAUAUCAGGUGACCAAAUAUUCUGGAGUCAGCAGUCCAAACAGGAAGAAGACUCCCUGUAUUGGUAUCAAGCUCCAUCUGUUGAUGUGGAAUUGACUUCUAGUAUCCUCCUGGCUCACCUUUCAAAGUCAAGUUUGUCUUCAGAGGAGAUCACAAAGGCAACCCAGAUUGUGUCUUGGCUUAUCAAGCAGCAGAACCCUUAUGGAGGCUUUGCUUCAACUCAGGACACAGUGGUUGCCCUGGAAGCCCUAGCUCUGUAUGCAACCAAGACCUUCAGCAAGGAAGGCCCUGAUCUUCAGGCUUCUCUCUCCUCUGAGGUUUUCAACCAAAACAUCCGAGUAGACAACACUAAUCGCCUCCUGCUGCAGACAGUGGAGCUGCCAGACGUUUCCCAGGGUUAUACUGUGCGUGUCCACGGUCGUGGGUGCCUUUUCCUCCAGGCCAUUCUACGGUACCACAUCCCCCCACCAAGGAGCGACACCACCUUUGCCAUGUCUGUGCAGACAGAGUGCACCGCACCCAACGCCACCCAGUUCCCUGUCACCAUUCAUGCUCGCUACACAGGGAACCGUGUGGCGACCAACAUGGUCCUGAUCCAAGUGGAGCUGCUGUCUGGAUACAGCCCCGUGGCACAUUCACUGGAAGAGCUAAAGAAAAUGCCUUUAGUGAAGAAAGUUGAAAGCGAAGCUGAUCGAGUCAUUCUUUACCUGGAGGAACUGACUAGACAGCCUCACACCUAUACUUUGCUGGUGCAGCAGGACGUGCAAGUGAAGGAUCAUAAGCCAGCUAAUAUCAAGGUCUACGAUUACUACAUGCCAGAAGAAACUACGGCAAUGAGCUACAGUGCUCCAUGCGAGUGA